AUGGCUUCUUCAGCAUCCGACCGAGAUGUGCUUCCAGAUUCGGUCAAGCCUUCUCACUAUGCGCUCUCUAUCUACGAUAUCGAAUUAGGAGGAGCUUUUAGCUAUCAAGGAACAGUCAAAAUCGAUAUCAAAGUCGACAAGCCAACCAAGGAAAUCACUUUGAAUGCUUUUCAGCUCAAGUUACAUGAAGUAGAGGUUUCUUUCACUUCCGGGAAGACUUCUCAGUCUAUCAAGUCCAGUGAGAUAUCUUAUGAUACCAAGAAACAACGUGUAACUUUAAGUUUCCCGGACGAGCUUCCUGUCUCUGAAAAUGCCAUCCUAGCAAUCAAAUUUCAAGGAACUGUCAACAAUGACAUGGCUGGCUUUUAUUAUUCAAAAUACAAACCUCAAGUCACCCCAGCCGCAUCUGUUCCUAAGGUUGAUGAGUUCCAUUGCAUGUAUAGCACUCAAUUUGAGUCAUCUGAUGCUCGUAGGGCUUUCCCAUGUUUUGAUGAGCCUAACUUGAAGGCCACUUUUGACUUCGAGAUCGAAAUUCCCAAGGACCAAAUUGCUUUGAGCAAUAUGCCUGAGAAAGGCUCAAGAAAUUCUAAGGACGGAUUUCACUUCGUUGAAUUCGAAAGGACACCAAUCAUGAGUACCUAUCUCCUAGCUUGGGCCAUGGGAGAUUUCGAGUACAUCGAGGACUUCACAAAGCGCAAGUAUAACGGAAAGCCACUGCCUGUCCGUGUCUAUACUACCAGAGGAUUAAAGAGUCAAGCACAAUAUGCUCUCGAUCAUGCACCCAAAGUCAUCGAUUUGUUUUCUGAAAUCUUUGAUAUUGAUUAUCCACUUCCUAAAGCCGAUUUGCUCGCGGUACAUGAAUUUUCCCAUGGAGCUAUGGAGAAUUGGGGUCUGGUUACCUAUCGCACAACAGCUGUCUUGUUUGACGAGAAGACUUCUGAUACAAAAUACAAAAACAGGAUUGCCUAUGUCGUUGCGCACGAACUUGCCCAUCAAUGGUUUGGUAAUCUGGUCACCAUGGACUGGUGGAGUGAACUUUGGCUUAACGAAGGUUUUGCUACCUGGGUCGGGUGGUUGGCAACAGAUCACUUCCAUCCUGAUUGGUGUGUAUGGGAUCAGUUCGUGGCUGAGGGCAUGCAAACUGCAUUUCAGUUGGACUCCCUACGCAGCUCGCACCCUAUUGAAGUACCUGUCAAAGAUGCCUUGGAUGUUGACCAAAUUUUCGACCACAUCAGCUACCUCAAAGGUAGCUCGGUAAUUCGAAUGCUAGCCACGCAUCUUGGCCAAAAGACUUUCUUGAAGGGUGUUUCGGAUUAUUUAAAAGCACAUGCUUAUGGUAAUGCUACAACACAAAAUUUGUGGUCAGCUUUGAGCGAAGCUUCUGGUCUAGACGUGAAGGCUAUCAUUGAUCCAUGGAUCACCAAGAUUGGCUAUCCUGUUCUCACGGUUCAAGAAGAGCCUGGUCAAAUUAGCAUCACGCAAAGUCGUUACCUUUCAACUGGAGACGUAAAACCCGAAGAUGAUGAAACAACUUGGUGGGUGCCUUUGGAUUUCCAAGGAAAGGUAGGAGCCAAGGGAGCACAGCAAAUCGCGUUUGAACAAAAAGAAGACGUAGUCCGAGAUGUCGAUGAUUCUUUCUACAAGAUUAAUACCGAUACUGCAGGCUUUUAUCGAGUCAAUUAUCCACCGUCAAGACUUGCCAAGUUGGGUUCACAAUUGGAUCGCCUCAGCUUGACUGACAAGAUUGGUCUAAUCGCCGAUGCGGGUUCACUCGCAAUUUCAGGACAAGCAGGAACUCCAGCGUUCUUGUCUUUAGUGCAAGGCUUAGCCAAUGAAUCGAAUCACUUUGUUUGGUCAAAGAUCCUAGGACCAAUUGGUACUAUCAAAUCGGUGUUUUCCGACGAUGAUGCAGUUUCCAAUGGCUUGAAAGCAUUCUUGCUGAAACUGGUCUCCCCGGCAGUGGAAAAGAUAGGUUGGGAACAGCCUGCAGAUGAAGAUUUCCUUAAGUCUCAACUUAGACCUCAAUUAAUAUUGAGUGCUGGGCUUAACGGACACAAAGAGAUUAUCACCGAAGCUAAACGUCGCUUCGAUCUAUACACAAGCGGCAAGGACAAGACUGUUAUUCAUCCAAGUCUUAGAAGUGCCAUUUAUGGUCUUUCCGUUCGAUAUGGUGAUAAAUCAGAAUAUGAGGCUUUAAAGAAAGAGUACCGCGAAACAACUUCCAUUGAUGGCAAAGAAAUUGUUCUCCGUGCAAUGGGACGUGUUCAAACCCCAGAACUCAUUUCCGAUUAUUUUGAAUUCCUUUUCAAGGAGGUCGCAACGCAAGAUGUACACACAGGUGCAUCUGCUCUUGCAGCCAAUACCAAAACACGUUACCAGCUUUGGCAAUACAUCCAAGACAACUUUGAUCCAGUCAAAGAAAGAUUAUCUGCUAAUAUGGUUGUCUUCGAUCGAUUCAUUAAACUUUCUCUAUCAACGUUUAGUGAUGAUAAUGUCAACAAAGAAAUUGAGAAGUUCUUUGAAAAUAAAGACAAUAGAGGAUAUGAUCGAUCACUAGCAAUUAUUGGUGAUACUAUCAAAGGAAGAGCAGCUCUCAAAUCAAGAGACAGGGAGGUUAUCCUUGAAUGGUUGCAGACCAACAAUUAUUGCUGA